CCAGGAAGCGGAACCAUAUAAAUUGUUUCACCGUCGCCUUUGUUGUGUUAAACCAUCAGUUUCUCGACUGAACUCGGCGUAUAAGGAAACCCACCACCACAACAAAGACUGAAGCCACUAUGAAUCUUGAACGUAUUCCCAAUGAGGACAAACUAAGCCUUUGUAGAAGAUACUAUCUUGGUGGUUUUGCAUUUCUCCCCUUUCUCUGGCUGGUUAAUGUGGUGUGGUUUUUCAAAGAGGCCUUUUUAAAACCUGCUUAUACAGAACAACCGCAGAUUCAAUCCUACAUAAAGAAGUCCGCACUAGGUCUCUUAUUGUGGGUUGCUGUGCUGACAACGUGGAUCACCAUAUUCCAGCAUUUCAGAGCACAGUGGGGGGAGGUGGGAGAUUACCUCUCCUUCACCAUUCCUCUCGGCACAGCCUGAUGAGAUGGCACUUUAUUACAAAACUUCUUUUUUUAUUCUUUCCAUUUUUCUUCUCCCAUUGACCAGAUGCUCCCUCCUAAUUUUACCACUGUCAUCGCAUACAAGAUAAACUGGAUCUGGCUGGGGGGUUGUGGUAUUUUGCGAACUGAUGAAAUCAUUUGUUGGUUGAGAUAUUAUGGACACAAAUGCACCAUGCUAAAGUGCAAGCGAGUUCGUUUGCUGCACUACUUCUUAAUAAAAUACCUGUUCCCUCUCUUUUAUUGAAGCUUCAGCUGGAAUGUUUAUUAUAGUAGAAUUGAGAUAACACAUUAAUAUAACCAGUUCUGAUCAUGACCCUUCAAUGCAUUGAAGAGAAUGUAUGGAAACACGAAACGCCGCACCAGGCAGGUCGAUCCAAAAUAAAGACUUUAAAACUAUAUUUAGUCAGUUGAUUGACACAUAAUUUAACUGUACACAAUGAAAAAAAAACAUUUUUGUCUGUUAUAUAUUCAUAAUUUGGCUGGGCAGCAAUGAACACAGAUUUUACUAUUGACAUUAAAUUAUUUGUUCAAAUUUUGUUUUACUUUGAAAUACAUUUCAAGUCAUGUGGAAAUUGUCCUCUGGUUUGAUUGUCUUUAUAUAAUAAAUUAAUGCAAUAUUGAUAAAUGUAUAAAAAUAAACAAUAUA